AUGAUUGACGGCAUCGAGGCUCCAGGCACGCAGUGCGGCGAUACCUGGCAAGAGGCCAAGGAUCUUGGCUGUCACUUUGAUGUCAUGGCAUCACGCUGGUAUGCUCCCGAAUGCUUCGACCAGACGGCCCUCGAAGGCAUGCUCGACGAACAGCCGUACGUCAACUUCACCUGGUACGAGGACAAGGAGCAUACCAGAGUCUACCCCUCAGAGCUUGUCUUGCGAGGGGAGUUUGAUAAGGUGUAUCCCAGCGGAGAUUAUCACAUCUAUCACUGCCUCUACUUGUGGCGAAGACUUCAUCACGCCGUGAUCAAGAAUAAGCCUGUCGAUGAGGAUUUGCUCGAGUACGGCCAUACGCUGCACUGCACUCGCAUGAUUAUGCAGUGGAUGGAUCCGAGCAUACCUAGGACGACGAUUUCCUCCGCCACGAGCGGGACGCCGUUCUGCAGGAGUAGUCGGUUGGGCCUCAUGGUUGAUGGGAGGGUUGAAUAA